AUCUUUGAUCAAGGCUCUACGUUGCAUGCCGUACCUUGUGGGGUUUGAGUGGAUUGCAAAUUCAUCUUCUCACAUCCAAGACAUUCAAGAGACUUUAUUAGUCUCGUGCCCUCGUUUGCAGCGCCUGCGCUACCCUCUUGAUAUCACACCACCGCCUCUCAAGCCUUUCCCGCAAAAAAUAACCUCUUUGAACCUUACACCAGCAGAUAUGUGGGAAAAAGAUGACAAUGCGGUUUGGUAUAUCAUCGAUGUGUUCCCUUCCGCCAUGGAUACAACUCACUACUCUCGUGCUUGCCUGUGUGUCCAUGAGGGAUAUUCCAACGGAGGCGUACGGUAUAUUCGCCCAUCUCAAGGAAUUGACUUUCUGGGAGCCCUAUGAGAUCGACGCACUGCUUCUUCCCCUUCGUCACGAGCGCGCACUCGAGUUUUUGGCGCUCAAAAGUGUAGAUGGUGGCGAAAAUCUGUGCACCUUUCUUCAAGGAGCUACUACGCUUCUUCCGCGGUUGUCGACGUUCCUGCUGGCGUCGGACGAAUAUAUUGGAAUCAAUGAUCUCAGUGCUGUUCGCAAUUUCUUGAUAGGGCAUCCAGGGCUAGAGAGACUGCACCUCCGUAUCUACUGCCCUUCCCAGUUUAUACCGACUCUCUACCCUGCUUUGGCGAGGUUGCAUUCAUUACAAGCCCUUUGGCUAGACACAGGUCCUGCGGAAAUGAUUGAUAUAAGGCCAUUGAUUUCAGUACUACCCAGAUCGUUGCGGGUGCUAGUUCUAUACGUACGCCAUGAUUGUUUUGGGGAGCUACUUCGGUGUUUAUCCGGCUUUCCUCAUCUUAUAGCCUUAUGUUUGCCUUACGAGCACCCUCUAUCGCCGCAUAUUCUUACCGUGGAACUCAAAAGACUCACAUUUGUAGCGGCAGGGAAGUCUGUUGUGCGUGUGGAACGCGAUUCCUCUGGAAGCAAGGUGGAACUCCGCCGAGUUCCCUUUCUGGAGUUAGCAACGUGGCACCGGUCUGACUUCGAUGAUCCUAACAUGAGUUGGAUGGCGGAAGACUUAAAAUCUUGGCUCACCAGUGCCAAGUGGAAGGUCUUGCACUAGUGAGCCGUGCACCCGCCCAUUGCAACUGGUCACGAGUACGCCUGUACGAUUUCUGUGAACGAGUUUUGUGUAGGAUUGUUCCGUGUAUCCAUGUUACAACAAAGUUCAAUUGUUCUUGAUGCUACUUCACAUUGUAUCGUGACUACAAAUCGUAGGCCCGUAGCAACUUGAGUAGGG